CAGGCGAUUGCAACACAGAGCUCAGGGGUGGAUCUGAGAGGCGAGUGAAGGCAACAUUAGCAGCGGAAAUCUCACUCGGACUCAGUUCAGCGGAAGUAGAACUGCAGCAGCAGGUGUCCGCGCUCUCGCAUGGUCGUUGUUUGAAGGUUCUUAAGUAGUUUUAAUAGUGGGCUAAAAGUUUUGUCGGUUAGAAAAAAAAGCAGCAAGAUGUCAAAACUUCGACCCAGGCUGUGUGUGCUGGAGAAACGAUCCAGCGGCUAUGGGUUCCACCUGCACGGAGAGAAGGGCAAGAUCGGGCAGUUCAUCAGGCUCGUGGAGCCCGACACUCCCGCCUCCGAGGCCGGGCUCCUCGCUGGAGACCGAUUGAUGUUCGUGAAUGGGGAGAGCGUGGAGGGGGACAGUCAUCAGCAGGUGGUCGCCAAGAUACGGGCAACCUCCGGGGCUUUAGAGCUUAUCGUGGUGGACCCCGAGACGGCGGAGCUGCUGACAAAACACGACCUGCGCUGCCGGAAAGAGUUCGUCACAGAAGGAAUUCCCAUCCCAGGGGGGGACAGCGACUCAGACACACAGAGCAACGGCACCCCGAGGGAGCACACCCCUGCCCCGCUGGAGAACGGGGAUUCUUCCUCGGAGAGAUCCGGGAGGCUGAGUAUCAGCUCCAGCACCAAGGAGCAGAGAGAUGGGCUCCGACCUCGUCUGUGCCACCUGAAGAAGGGUCCCAGUGGUUAUGGAUUUAACCUGCACAGUGAGAAGUCCAGACCAGGCCAGUUCAUCAGAGCUGUGGAUGACGACUCUCCAGCUCAGAGAGCCGGCCUCAGGCCGCAGGACAAGAUCAUUCAGGUUAACGGCGUGUCAGUGGCUGGGAUGCAGCACUCAGAGGUGGUGGCAGCAGUAAAGGCCGGAGGAGACGAGACCAGGCUGCUGGUGGUCGACAGCGAGGCCGAGGAAUUCUUCCAGAGAUGCAAUGUGACGCCCACGGAGGAACACAUCAGCGGACCUCUGCCAGAGCCAGUGUCAGAAAGAGCAUCAGAAGAGGAGGCAGCUGCAAAGCCUAAAGUGUCUGUGAGUUCUUCAGACUCCAGUGCCUCCUCCACCAGCUCCCUACCAGCAGCGACCAAAAGCUCCUCACCUUCAGAGAUUGAAAGGGCUCCGCGGACAGAGCCGGCGCGAGUCGACAGCCUGGGUCUGUCCAUGACGGUAGCUCAAGCCAAAGAAAGAGUCCAUCAGAAACGUGCCGCCAAGAAGGCCCCGCCCAUGGACUGGAGCAAGAGGAAUGAACUAUUCAGCAACUUAUAAACACCACCUUCAUCAUCAUCUUCAUGUCUGCGUGGCUCUGUACUGCCAUCCAGAGAGUUGAUCAGCCCACGGUCUGGUUGAGAGAUAAUGUGGCAUCAAGCUUGUUUUAAACUCCCGUGUUAAACAGUAUUAAUGGAGAUUUAUUUGUUUUAAUUUAGGGUUUCUGCCGCUUCUUCACCUUUGAAUUGUCUGAAUGUCAGCAUCACACACAAAUGAAUGUUAAUAUAUUAAGAAGUAAUGUACAGUUCUCCUGUGAAAAGGAGUGUGUUUGAUUAUUGGUGCAUAGGAACCAUAAAUUAUUGGCAGAUUUUAAAGUUGUGAUUUUAAAUCUAGAAUAUAUAUUUCUAUCACAAGCAGCACGUCUGUUCACUCAUCCUCAUCCUUCUGCCCUGAUUUGUGCUUCAAACUAAUGAGAUUAUUUUUCAUCUGAUUUUAUAUAUAUAUAUAUAUAUAUAUAUAUAUAUUACAUACACACACACACACGCACGCACGCUCCUGAUCAAAAUCUUAAGA